AGGGUCCAUGUUUUGAAGGUAAGAAUAGAAAAAUCUGUGAGCCACUAAAGCCAUCGAUCGAGGGUUAUAUCCCUUUAGCAAGGGCGUAAUGACGAUAGCAUUUCUAUUCCGCGUCAACGAAUUCAAUAUCCAUUUCCCCAUCUUCUGUCAAGUCUGGACUCAACUCAUCAAUGUCGAUUUCUGGGAUCCAAGGUCAGCUGCUCGAGGUUACAGUUGUGGGAUGCAACAAAUUGAAGGACACGGAAUGGAUCUCGAGGCAGGACCCUUACGUUUGCCUCGAAUAUGGAAGUUCCAAGUUCCGGACAAGGACCUGUACAGAUGGAGGUAAGAACCCUACCUUUCAAGAGAAGUUCGUCUUUACGCUCAUCGAAGGUCUACGGGAGUUGAAUGUGGUUGUCUGGAAUAGCAAUACCAUUACUUACGACGACUUCAUCGGCAGCGGAAAGGUUCAACUUCAGAAGGCUCUAUCCCAAGGUUUUGACGAUACUGCUUGGCCCCUACAGACUAAAACUGGCAGACACGCCGGAGAAGUUCGACUCAUAAUGCACUAUGCCAAUGCUAACAAACCAGCGAGUAGCUUUUCACCAUCAGCGCCACCCUACACGACACCGCCACCAACCCAAUACCCAACUCCGCCACCGACCCAAUACCAUGCGUAUUCUACUCCACCACCAACAGCCUACCCUGCUUCAUCAUCUUACCAUUCAUAUCCACCAAAUCCCGCACCAGCAGCCUAUCCGCCACCGCCUCAACUGACUUCUGCCUAUCAACUGCCUCCUCAAUCCACUGCCUAUCCCCCACCUCCUCAACCUGCUGCCUAUCCUCCUCAGCCAUACCCCCCACCACCCUAUCCACCACAAAGCUAUCCACCUCCACCACAUGCCACCUCCUAUUACCCACCACCUCCAGGUCCAUAUCCAGGAAGCUAUCCACCACCAUCCUACUGAGCUAGCUCUUUUGAGCUACCGCUCCCGAUUCUCAACAUCAACAGCUCCGCCUCAGGGAGAUGGGACAUCCCUGAGAGAAGAACAACUUCACCAAUGGACACCCUCAGAGACUGGGGAAUAGGUAUAAAAUGCAACCCUUUACCGUUCACAGUUGAGGAUGAACCUUGAAUCUUCGUUGAAAUCACUGCAAUCAACAUUGAGAACGACAUCAAAGCGUCAUCAACCAAGCAAUUGGUUCUGGUCAUAACAGCUUCUUUCAUGAUGCCCACAAAUUGUUGGAUGAAAUGUAGAAAAGGGAUUUUAUAUUUUUAUCAAGAAUCUGAGUAAAAGAUAAAGGAUUUUUAAAUUAAAUAACAUUUAAGCUGAA